GUACUUACUUAUACUCUUCCCUUCACUCCUCUCUCUAUGUUUUUAGCGCACUUGAUUAAACCUUAAAUAAAUCUAUGUAUCUCCAAACUCCACCUGAUCAAGCUGAAUCUAUUCCACCGAACGUUUCUUGUUGCCCUGCUGUUCUGUAGUCUGUCAUCACCGAUCACCGCCUUAAUACCGUCAUUGGAGUUUGCAGCUGUUUGCAUCAGAUUGCCCUCCUCACUCAUCAACCUUGCACCUUGCAGUUGAGUCCUCCUGCAAGUAAUUCCCGUCUCGCACCGGCCUGAUACCCCACUAUUUAUCCUGUUUAUAUCUGCUCCCGCUGCAAAAAAAAACAACCCAACGUACUUUGCCCGUCAUGGACGGCGAUGUGGUGGCCCAGUUCACCGAAAUUACCGGCUCCAAGCCGGAGCUGGCAAUCCAGUACCUGCAGCUUGCCGAUUUCAACAUCGAGCAGGCCAUGCAACUCUACUUUGAGAAUGGUGGAGCACCGCUAACCGACGAGCCUGCGCCAUCAACUGCCGCCCCUCAGCAAGCCUCCCGCGCUAGAGGAUAUGAAGAUGAUUCGGGCGUUGUACACGUCGACUCAGACGACGACGACACCCCGGUGGACGAAUCGCGGCCUUCCGCCCGCGGCGCUCACUUCGAAAAUGAUGCGGCCAUGGCUCGUCGGCUCCAGGAGGAGAUGUACAGAGGGGCGGGUGAUGAAGAAGAGGUGCGCGCACCGAUGGCUCGCACCACAGAAACUUUGGUGGGCCCCGAAGCGGACUUUGACGACGGCGACAUGCAUGCGAGCAUUUUGGGCCAACUGCGCGCUCGCCAGCAGCGACACAACCGUCCCGGUAUCUUCAAUCAAAGGGAUACAGCGUCGAUAUGGCACGGAGAAGAUGAGGCGUCACAACGUGAGCAACUGGCAGCAGCGACUGGAGGAGCCUCCGAAGCCUCAAGUAAACAGAACAUGCUGGCUGAGAUGUAUCGCCCGCCGUUCGAGAUUAUGUCUCGGCUCCCUUGGGACUCCGCUCGGCAGGAAGGCCGCGAUAAUGAGAAGUGGUUGCUGGUCAACAUCCAGGAUUCUUCAAUCUUUGACUGCCAGGUGCUGAACCGGGACCUGUGGAAAGACCCUGGAGUGCGGGAUACCGUCAAGGAACACUUUGUCUUCCUUCAAUAUUCCAAAGACGACCCACGGGCGGCACCUUAUCUCCAGUAUUAUUUUCAGGCAAGCGAGGUAUCGGACAAUUACCCUCAUAUCGCAAUCGUUGAUCCCCGGACGGGAGAACAGAUGAAGGUCUGGUCUGGUCCUCCAGUAGUCCGGGCCGCCGAAUUCUUGAUGCAACUUCACGAAUUCUUGGACCGGUACAGUCUGAAACACAACGUGCGGAACCCCGUCGCUAAGCGCAAGCCGGAACAGAAGGAGAAGAGCAUUGACGCCAUGACUGAGGAAGAAAUGAUGGAGAUGGCGAUGAGGAACAGCCUCGGUGAACAGGCGUCCCAAGCCCCGAAAUUGGAGGAUCCUGACGAGCUUACCCGCAGUACUGGAGACGUCAAAGGUAAGGGGAAGGCGGUUGAUGCGGAAGACGUCGACAUGGAUGAAGAGGAGCCAGGUGAGCAUAGUGCAUUCGCUGCCAUCUCAGAUAACCACCCACACACCGAACCACCGGCCGAUCCCGCAACGACGACGCGCAUUCAGUUCCGCCAUCCCUCCGGAAGAGUCAUUCGCCGCUUCGCUCUGGCGGACCCGGUUCGGAGGAUCUACGAGUGGCUCAAAGCUGAACCUCCGUUGGCAGACAAGCAUGGGGUGGAGUUCGACCUCAAUGCCAUGGGUCGUAAUCUGAUCGAUUCUUUGGACGCGAGCAUCGAAGAAGCCGGUUUGAAGAACGGAACGGUAAUGAUUGGUUAUGUUGAGAACGAAUGAUCACCCAGUCGGCGAAAACUUCGGUGCUUAGGAUCUAGGAUGGAUCGCUGUGGUGAAGGGACAGCACUGGUCUUCAUGAGUGCAUCUAAUCCUUCGAGCCUGCAUGUUAUGAGCUACGAAGACGGAAGGUUUUAUCUAAAACGUACAUUCGGAGCUAUUUCAUUGAAGGAUGAAUUGGGAGAGGAUCUUAAUGGAUGGUCAGGGCCCUAUAGAUCUAAGCUAGGAUGCAAUGAGACACAUGAUUCUUGAAC